AAUGUGCAUUUUGUCUCCAAGUCACAUUAUUUGUCAAUCAGAGAUCCCGCGCGCGCCAAACCUUAUCAGUGAGAGCUGCGAUGUCCAAUGGAUGAACAACAGCAUUGUAUUGGAACGGAAGCGUUGAUAACGCUGACACGUCCUGCAACCGAUCGGAAUUAAUGAACUGAUUCAAUGAUCAAUUCAACAGGUGAAGACUGCGCGUAUAGACCAACAGCCAAAGUCAUAUUUGUUAGAACGAAUGACGGGAUGUUUAUCUAGGAUUAACGUUGUUGACAUUGCGAGAAGUGAUCUUAGUUUUUAACUUAGAAGUGUAAGAUGCAUCAUCCAUCAUUCUGUCCAAUAUUUCAAAUGCUGUGUUAAGUUAUUUCUUUUCAAUGGAUCACUUCAUAUUCAAAGUUGUUUAUUCUUAUAUUGUUUACUAGGUUUAUAUUUUUAAGGUGAAUAUUGAACAUGACACAGUUGACACAGCCAGUUGUUGAAGAGUGGUUCGAGUCCAACAAGGACGCAUUCGCUGAGAUUUUUCUGAAAAAGGCAGAUAUUUCUAUUGUGAAUAAAUGGUUGUUAAUGCAUGGCUACUCUCCAGCCACAGAGCAACCAACAUACCAACCCAAGCGAGGUUCACUGUCGACAGAUAACAGUUCUCCCUCCUCACCGAAUGACAAAAACGACGUCUUUUUUGACACCAGACAUUGUAGGACAAAUUCAAAGAAAUAUCUGAGACAGGAUUUUGCAAAGUCAAAGAGGAAAAACAUAUUUCGGACAUAUGAACCGACCAUGUGCUCUGCUGAAGCUACAACUGAAUCUCGAAGAAACAGUCUAAAGGAAAUGAGAAUGUUCCGAUCGCUUCCCCCAAAUUCUGUUAACAUGCUUAGCAUCCUGAUACAGUCACGAGUGCGUUUACCAAGAUACCCAAGCAAAGACAUUGACAUUAAAAGGGACCUUCGAACGAAGAAUGAGAGGGAGUUUUUCUUAGAAAUUGUUAAAGAUAUUUCAAAUGAUUUAGAUUUAAGGUCAUUGAGUCAGAAGAUUGUGGCAAAUAUAAGUGUACUAGUUGAUGGUGAUGCAGGUUCAAUUUUUUUGGUGGAGGGUCGAGGGACGGGGAAACCGUCUUUGGUUUCAAAGCUGUUUGACCUCCAUUCAGGAACGCAUAUCCUUCCCACCUCUAUGGGAGAUGGAAGUAUCACAGUGCCCUGGGGGAAAGGCAUCAUUGGCCAUGUGGCAGAGACAGGAGAUACUAUUUCUUUGAUGGAGGCUAGUCAGGACCCAAGGUACAAUGACGAUGUGGACAAAAUCACCGGAUACCGGACCGAUACUCUACUCUGUAUGCCGAUACGAAACGGUGAUGACGAAGUGGUGGCUGUGGCACAAGUUAUUAACAAAGCGGGGACACGGGAGGGGUUCAGCAAAGACGACGAAAAGCUCCUAGGAACAUACCUCACCUUCUGUGGAAUAGCAAUAUACAAUGCCCAGAUUUUCGAAGCAUAUACUAAAGAAUACGAACGAAACAAGGCAUUGCUAGAAGUAGUUCAUGAUUUGUUUGAGGAACAAACUUCGGUGGAAAACGUUAUACUCAAAAUAAUGCAGCGAGCACAGACUUUGUUGAAAUGUGAGCGCUGCUCUGUGCUUUUACGAGAUGGCUCGUCAGAGACCUCUUUUAAAAAGGUUUUUGACCUUGCUUAUCCAAUGAAAAAUGGCCAGACUUGCCAGAGAAGGCGUCUUGUUACACCGACUUCUCCAAACCUACACAAUUCCCACUCACGAAGCAGUCCUACUUUUUCAAGCUCUGAAAACAUGCCAGAUUACCAAGUUGGUAAUAAGAUAGCAGAGUUAGUUUUGAUGACGGGGGAAACAAUCAACAUUGCUGAUGCUCACCAAGACUCCAGAUUUGAUCCAAAUUGUGAUGGAGAAUCUGGAUUCCACACACGCUCUAUCCUCUGUAAGCCAAUCAGGAACAGAGACAAUCAGACAAUAGGUGUUGCCCAGGUAAUGAACCGAAUUGACGGCCAUGCGUUUGAUGACCACGAUGACCAAUUGUUCGAGGCUUUUACCAUUUUCUGUGGACUUGGAAUCAAUAAUUGUCUCCUAUACGAGGAAAUCGCCGUGGCCUCAGCCAAGCAAAUGGUAGCACUAGAGGUACUUUCCUAUCAUGGGGCUGUAUCUGCAGAAGAUGUUGUAAAAUUAAAGUCGAGAAAACCAUCGGAGGCUCUUGAGUGGAAAUUAGACACAUUCAAUUUCAACGAUUUCUCCCUCAGCAGCGACGACAUGCUGUUGGCUGCUGUCAGGAUCUUCAAAGACCUGGGGUUCAAUAGAACAUUCAGAAUCGAUAGUGAGGUGUUGUGUAGAUGGAUCCUGACUGUUAGAAAGAAUUACAGGAAUGUUGCCUACCACAACUGGCGACACGCCUUCAAUGUGUGUCAGUUUAUGUUUGCAGCCCUCAAGAGGGCUGGAGUAAGGCGUCACCUUUCAGAUAAAGAAAGCCUCGCUUUGGUGGUGGCUUGUCUUUGCCAUGACCUUGAUCACAGAGGAACGAAUAAUGCGUUCCAGCAGAAGACAAGUUCAGCUUUGGCUCAGUUGUAUGGAACUAAGGCAACCCUAGAGCACCACCAUUUCAACCACGCCAUCAUGAUUUUGAAUAGUGAGGGCCACAAUAUCUUUGGAAACUUUAAUUCAGAAGAAUACAGCGAAGUGAUUAAAUUGCUGAAAGAGGCCAUCUUGGCCACCGAUCUCUCUCGACACAUUCAAGUAAGGAACAAAUUUUUCGCCAUGGUCGACUCAGGAAUGAAAAAUUGGGAUGACAGAGAGUCACGUGACAUAUUACGUAGUAUUUUAAUGACGACCUGUGAUGUGGCAGCCAUUACAAAACCCUGGGAAAUCCAGCGAAAAGUUGCUGAUCUUGUAAUGACUGAAUUCUUUGAUCAGGGUGAUAAAGAAAGAAACGAACUGAAAAUACAACCACAGGCGUGUAUGGAUAGGGAGAAGCAGGAUGAACUUCCAAAAUUGCAGCUGAGUUGGAUAGAUGGAAUUUGUCUUCCUUUGUACAGGGCAUUAUCAAACCUCGAUUCUUCUUUUAAACCUUUGUAUGAUGCAGUACUCAACAACAGAUCCUGCUGGGAAGUCCUUGAUGCAGAAAGACUAGCAAAGGAUGCUGCAAUGCACACUGAAGUUUAAGAUGUCACCGAAGUGUUCCGAAAAACUACCGCCAUAUUAGUUCAAAAUGAAAUUUGCAUAAUUCCAUUUUACCGCAAAAAACGAAAGUGCAUAUUUUAACUUAUAAGUGCAAUAAAAUGUCUUAUGUUUUCCUUAACAAUUGUUGGAAUAACACAGUGUUUGCUUUAUUUUCAUACUCAAUAAAAAUUC